AACCAAUACUAGUAUCCUUGAGUCCAGUGGAUAGUAUACGGGAAGGAGGUGGGUGGCGCGUUGGGUGGAAUGAAGAUUUCAAAUGGAUUCAUUUUGUUGUCAACUCGACAUAAUUAUAUCCAGAUUAAGUUCAUUUCAGUAUGACAUCAGUCGGAUUAGGAUGUAAACGAGAGUGUGUAUUAAUACAUGCCAGUGAUGUCAUGUCACGGAAACUGGUUCGAAAUAUUACUUGUGAGUGAUCUUGUAUAAACAAGUGUGGUUUGGUUCAGAGGAUCCUCUGAAUAAAAAUGUAGAUAUACAUUAGCAUUAUUUUUUCAACAUGUAGUGUUCAAUUCACUAAGGAAAUUAGAAUCCAAACCUAUAUUUUCCUUUUCCAUACCGUCUCCCAGAGUGUAUAGGUAGGCCUACUUUUUUCUAUGCAAUAUAAUCCUUAUUCUUUGAGAAUAAAGAGCAGUCACAUGCUAUUGCAUAACACUGUAAAUAUACUUGAAAUGUAAAGAAAAGAAAGUCUGCACUAUCGAUUCUUCACUUGCGUCUGUUUAAGAAGAAACCGUUUGUGUACGGUCUGGUGUACGCCGGAGAGCUCGGAUAUCAACAUCUUACAUCCAUGUCAACUUAGGACGAACUUAUAUGAGGAGUUAUCACUUAUGUUCCUCCCUGGGUUUAUAAAGGAAAAGAAAUCGAAAUGACUAUCCUGGAUAUAAUCAGCAGUGGCUUCAGGAAAUGUGGUCUUCAGUUGGUCCUGUUCUUGUACAUUGCUGGGAUGACCUUACAGUUUCCUAUAUGGCAGAAUAUGAUCAUCCACCGUCUGUGCCUGGAACGAUAUGGGGUAGAAGUCUGUGACAACCUCUCUAAGAAUCCUCAAGCAGAAUCUGAAGUUCAAAUGGUAUCAUCACGUCUUCUUACCAUACAAUCAAUCUUCACUGAUAUCCCUGGUGCCAUCGCUGCUUUGUUGUUGGGAUCACUCAGUGACAAGAUUGGUAGGAAGCGAGUCCUGCUCUUCCCAUGUUGCGGUUCUCUUCUCUUGAGUCUCGUCCUACUUCUUCAGUCAAUAAUACCAGUUGUGUACUUACCCUUGGUCAUCCUCAGCUGCUUGAUUUUUGGUGUCAGCGGUGGGAUCCAGACCUUCAUGACUACCGCUGUGAACAUCAUCACAGACACCACCCCUGUAGAGAAGCGAGCUGUGCGUAUAAGUCGCACCAUGCCCUUCUUUGGUCUUGGGAUGGUCGUCGGUAUGCUUUGCUCGGGGAUCCUUCCUCAAUUUCUAUCAAUCACUCAAGUUUACCUUCUUUACACUGCUUCCCAGUUCAUUGUCGUUGCUGUCGUUCUUCUUUUCUUUGACGAAACCCUUCCGAAAGUUGAAGAUGAGUCGAGCAAUGGGGAUAUCAAGGAAAACAAAGGCAAUAAAAACAGCUAUCUGGGUAUUGUUGGUUUGAUCAAACUCAUAUGGAGUAGUGUAACAGUAGGAAUCAAUGUUCUUACCUCAAGAGAGAAUCGCCCCUACCGAACUGCUCUCAUAGUGUUGUUGGUUGCGGGGAUGAUUGCUAACGCAUCAGCAAUGAUUGAAUUCAAUUUGAUUCUCCUCUAUACCAAACGAGCGCCUUUCCUGUGGUCACCCAAGGUAUACGGUAUAUUUUCUGCCUUCAAAAGCCUUAUGGGCAUCAUCGGCCAGGCCGUAGGUACCGGGAUGGUACUAGGUCUCCUUGGCGAACGUUCUCUCAAGAAUGAUUUCAAGCUAUUGCAGUUGGGCUCUAUAUCCGCCAUCUUGGUAACUCUCUUUACAGCAUAUGCUUCGUCUACAAAGUUUAUGAUGUUCGCUGCCCUAUUUGUACUAAUUGGUGCACCUUCAAGAUCAGCCAAUGGUUCAAUCGUCUCUCGUAUUGUUAGCCCUAGUCAGAAAGGUGCCUUCAUGUCCAUGGGAUCUUUCUUAAACACGCUGACCACUCCCAUACUAGGUGGUAUCUAUAAUGGUAUCUAUGCAUCAUCAGUCGAGACACGCCCUGGUCUUGUUUUUAUAUGUAUGGCUGUUAUUCAUGCAUUCGCAUUCCUUAUUGUCAGGUAUGUCAUUGCAAAUGUACCAGAUUCCGAAUCUACCAGCGAGAAAACUGAUUAACCGCUAUAGUUGCAUCACAGUAUACCUUUUGACUGAUGACAAAAUAACAAGGUGAAAAUAAAUUGUGAAAAUAGUAUACAUAGAUCCUGAAUCUUGGUUUAUCAAUCAAAUUAAUUCAAGAAAAUUUUUCGAACAAAGUGUGUAAUGGUCAAGUGACCUAUAGAAUAGUGCUGGAAAUUAAACAAUCAUAUUUAUUGUCCUAUUUGUAUUUCUUACAGGUAUGUAAUUUCAAAUAUACCAGAUUCCGAAUCUACCAGCGAAUGGUCAAGUGACCUAUAGAAUAGUGCUCGAGUAUAAACUUUUUAAUUAGAACACAGCUUGUCCUCAUAAUCCAGACCCACUAGCUCCAAUCCCACAAUAAUUCGCCAGUCAGGAUUCUAUGUAUAAGUCUUAAUUGACAAAAAUAUUAAUUUCGUCUCCAUGAAUAAAAAUUCAGGAAAUUAUUUUAUCUGUCAAAUACUGUCAAACUUUGAAAGAUGUAUCACUGGAAAUCUUUUAUUUUAACUAUAAAAAUUUGAAAAUUCAACACUCAAAUAAAGGUUUGAUAUUGAUAAGUAGUUGUAUAAUGAAUAUACUUCAUAACUUCAUUCGAGUAUUUUGUUUCUAAAAUUGACAUUAUUAUGGACCUGCAGACUUAUUAAUGUUCUUUAUAGUUUGUGGUUUUAUGGAUUUAUCAAAAUAUCAACAUAUCGCAACCCAAUAAGGAGGAGUUGCUUUGGAUUUACAAAAUAUAACAAUUCAAUGAUAAAACGAUUGCAGAGUUAGAAAGUAUAUAAUGUAAUAUUUACAAAUAAAAAGAUGAAUGCAUUCGCUAACCUGACAGAUAUAGGAAAAGAGAUAAAAGUAGGGAAAAGGGAAAUGAUAAUCUACAUGAUCUAUAAGUGAAACUUUAUUGGCAGAAAUAUUAUUAUGUUAAUCGUAUUUCAAUGACAUUGAGUCAAUAAGUAAUGCCUUCAUGAAACGGUGCACUGUAUAACUUGGUACUUAUUAUUAGACUGGAUUUGCAUUCCUUUUAACGGUAAAGAUAGAUAUUAUAGAUGGAAUUUUUUUUAAAUUAUAGAUUAGCUUUGGUUAGACCUGGCUAGAUUUUCAUUCGCAUUAUCAGACUCGUAAAUGUGUAUAUAAUAAUAGAGCAAUAAACCAUCUACACUCCUUUGAAUUUAUUUGAGUUUGGGAGUCGUUUUAUAUUGUAGAUAUUUGUAGUGUUGUAAACAGGUAAAGAAUCUUGAAUGAUACAUUCUUCAUAUUUAUGUAGGCUUAUUUUGAAGAGAAAGAUCCGUCAAACUGAGUCAUUAAAUCAUAAUAAUAAAACCCACAGAACAUUGUUUGGUGAAAAGCAUUUUUAUUUAAAUUUCACCUCAUUCAAACUUGUUCUCAAACUCUAUAUUAGAGACGAAAAUCGAUAUCAGUCGACGUGGUCGUGACUGGGUCAUUGCUGAUUGCCACAAGUGUUUGUUAAACAAUAACACUAUCCACUGAUUGACUAGUAUUAUACAUUUCUUUCUACCUCCAUGGUUUUAUUGACAUCGUGUGCAAAAAAAAACAUAUAAAUACUAAGAUUAUCUUUGUAUGAUCGCGAGCCAGUAUAUUAAUUCGUUUUUUCUGCAAAUUACGUAGAAAUAAAAAAUGAAACGGGCAUAUUAAA